GCCAACCACAUAUCUCCCAAAGAGAAAUCACUUGGCCUCUCCUUCUAUUGUUGUCCUAUCCUCCGCCACCAUCAACACGCUAUCCAUAAAACCCAGAGCUCUCUUUUGGUUUGGUGCAAACAAAGACCAUGUCGAAGCAAAAGAUGUUGAUCAAGGUGUCCACGGAUGGCGACUGCAAGAAACGCUCCAGGGCCCUGAAAAUUUUAGUCAGCGUUUCUGGAGUGCAAUCUGUAGCUUUAGUAGAGAAAGAUAAGAACCAGAUAGAGGUGAUAGGAGAAGGAGUAGAUCCAGUGAAACUGACGUGUUCCCUGAGGAAGAAGUUAGUGAAAUGUCAUCGCUUGACUUGGCUGUUACGAAGAAAGGCCUAUGCAGAGCUCAUAAGCGUAAGCCCUGUAGAAGAGAAGAAAGAUGAGAAGAAAGAUGAUAAGAAAGUUGAAUGUUAUCCUGCUUGGUCCUAUGGCAUGCCAAUCUACGUGCAGGAGCAAUAUGAUUCCCCUUGCAGAACAUGCUCCAUCAUGUAACAAUAUAAUAUUACGUGUUUACUCUGUUUGCAGAGAGAUUGCUUCCAUGGCUCAAACCUACAAUCUCCAAGUCACAAGUGCAAUAGUUUUAUCAUUACACCAAAAUCAUCUUUUUUUUAUAAUAAAACGGAUGACUUUAGUGUAAUGGUAAAAUUAUUCCGCUUAUGAUUUGGAGAUCAUAGAUUUAUUACACCAAAACCAUCCUUAUAUAUGUAUGAAAUGAUAAUUUUAGAGUAAUGGUAAAGUUAUUCUGCUUGUGACUUGGAGAUCA